UGGAUCUGAAGAUGGGACGGACGGACCAUCAGACUAUGACGACUUCAAAUUCAGGGAGGUGCAUUAAAAAUCACGAGUGGUCGACAGAAGUCCAUAGAAGAAGAGGACACACUGAUCCACUCUUUCCGGAAAGUGGAGGAGAAAAAAGGAAAAAAAAGGUGAUGGCCGUGUCCGUCUCCAGAGAUCUGACGGUGCAGGUGCAGGAGGACGUGAACGCUGUCAAGCUCACUGACCGACAGCAGCUUCUGCACGCUGCCGUCCAGAGAGGAGAGCCCAAAUCUCUGGGGGUGAGUCAGGUGAUGCUGGGGCUGAUGGUCAUUUCCUACUCCCUCCCACUGCUUUUAACUAACGUCACUGACGUGGUCAGACUGGGAGUCCCCUGGUGGAGCGGCCUGAUGUUCAUCACAGCAGGAGUAGUCGCCAUUGUCUUGGACAAACACUGCAACAUAAAGAUUCUGCAGACGUGUUUGGCGGUCAGCGCGCUGUCCAUCGUGCUGUCUCUGGUCGCUGUCAUCAUCUACUCUGUGGACAUGCAGAAGAACCCGGUGGUGCCGUGUCGCAUGAUCGAAGACCACUGUCAGGAUGCGUUCUAUGCUACGAAGCUGAGCGUGGGACUGAAGUCGUCCCUGCUCCUCUUCACUCUGGCUCAAAUGUCCAUCUCUGCCUGCCAGUGCUUCCUGCUCUUCAGACAGAGACACAACUUUGGACAGUAUUCUUCUCUCACUCAAGGUGCUCCACCCACGCCUCAAGCUCUCAUCCCCCCCAACCUGCACUGAUCGAGCACUGGAGCGGCACAGGUGAUGGAUGGACCGCGUCUCGUCAGGUCGGUUGAUCGGGACGGGGGGCGAUCCACCACGCUACCUGACAUUUGUUGUUUGUUUGUUUGUUUGUUUGUUUGUUUGAACCACUGUCUGUCUAGAUCUGAAUUUUAGAUGAUUAUAUAAAAUAACAACAAGUAUGACUCACUAACGAAUGAACUAAGAGAGAGGAGGAAAUUCUUUUUGACUUGUGUGAAAAAUGAAUGCGGUGAUAUUGAUAGAGUCUAGUUAAAGGGAUUGUUCAGGUGUUUUCGUGUACAUGUUUGUUCUCCAUUAGAAACCCCUUAACAAAAAGAAUCACCUUAUUAAAUCUUAAUUACUGACCGGUCAUUUAAUUUUCUAAACCACUCACUCUCCCGCACCAAAGUACAUCAGAGAAAAUCAGCAGUUUUUUGGCUCACAAGGACACAGGAGCU